AUGGCUUUAUCUCUAGCAAAUGCAGCAAAUGGUGAUUUCUUAAUCGAUUCAGAUGACGACGAUUCAUAUGAAUCAUUAUCUCGUUCAUUAAAUUCUAAUGUUUUCGGUGGAUUCGAAAAAACAAGAUGGGCGAGUAGUUCUAAAGACGACUUUUGUAAGCAUGACGUAGACAAAGUUAUUAAAGAAAGAACUGGAAAAGAACGAGAUUACUUGUUUAAAUGGGCAGAAUCAGACGCAAUUCGGCAAAGGCAGAGAAAAUUGUGGGAUGAUUAUGAAGCUAAUCAAACUAAAUCCGUUUCAAAGUACGAAAUUCCUCCUACUAUAUCUAUUAAAAAACCGAAUCAAAAAGAAACGCAAAAAUCAACUAAAAAAUAG